AAGUGCACGAGCUCUACAGCUAUAGAGAAAUGUAAUAAUACUUUUGGGUAUUCUUUUUCUAUUGAACAUGGAUAGAGAGACAGACAAUGAUGGGGUGCUGUCAGCAGAUGCCUCCAGUGAGGAGGUUCAUGGAAAGGGAAAGGAAGGUGUCCACGCUGAAAUGAUUGCAUCAGAUCAUGAUGAAGAAAACUCUAAAAGCCCUAGAGGGGCCCGUGUUGAAGAAGAGGCCACUUGUGAACCAGAAGAGAACCGUGGAAAUGUUGAUUUCAUCAACACAAGUGAAGAUUUGGAUGUGAAGAAGAAUGAAGUCAACGACCCGCCAAUAUCCAACGAUGGGCGUAUUGUUUUUGAAAUCAACAGCAUUGAUGGCGAUGGACCUCCCAGACUGCAUCUCGAGAACACCAGUCCACCACAGGAGGAAGACGAGGCUGAAGAAGACAAAUCCACUGCUGCUCCUGCAGACGAAGGAGAGGUCGGCCUCCUCCAGGAGCUGUGUGUGCACAGAAAUGAAGCCCUCAGGCAGCGCCGUCUGCUGCAGAUGAAGCUGGCAGUGCUCUUCCGUAAGAAGGCCGGGGACGACGCCCACCUGGACCGAGCCGUACCGGUGUCAGAGCAGCUGCAGCAGUAUGAAAAGUACAUUAACAUGCUGACUGACCUGAAGCAGCAGCUCGGCGCUGAUUCAGAGUCGGCUCAGCAGCAGGCAGAGGGGCAGAGGUCAAAGGCCCGAGAGAAGCUGGACACGGUGGAAGAUGAAUGGCGAGCAUUGGUGGCACAGAAGCAGGAAGUAGCUGUGGCAGCACUGAGCCGGCGCCUGGGUCAACAAGCCGCUCAGGCCGAAGUGGAGGCAACCAUGGAAACAGAGACGCUGCUGCAGCAGGAGCUGAUCAAGCAGCGCCUCAAGCACAUCAAGCUGAGGAUCAAGAUUCACAGGCUGGAGGCAGAGCUCCAUGAGGAGGACCAACAUUCCAGAGACCCCCGACAUCUCCAGUUUGAGCAGCUGCAGGCGGAGAGGCUGGAGCUGAAAAAAUACACCGAUAAGAAAAACGAGGUAUCUUCAAAGAUGCAGAAAAGUAUCAGCAGCAGCUUGGAGCUCCUUUCAAACGUGAAGGAGAAGCUGUUCUGGAGCCAGAUGGAGGUCCAGGCCCAGCGAGAGCAGUUGUCCAUGGUGGAGGCCAUGGUGGCCAGGAAGAGGGACCUCCUGACCAGGACUAGGCAGGCACGCAACGGCCUGCUGAGAGACAACUUGAGGCUGAAGGAGCAUCGUGGGCUGCUGGGGAACAGGAUCCUGCUGCGAGACUUUGAGGACACUGUGGACGCCUCCGACCAUCUGAAAGAACAACUGGAGGAUCUGAAGUGCCGACGAGUUGGGAUGGUCUUCAGUUGUGGCAGGUGGAAGAAGAAGACAACUUCAUGAAUGACUGAAUUGACACCUUAAAGUGCGAUCAGACUACAUCAGGAACAUUAACGAGCAUCAGACUUAUCUCUUGAAGUGUGUUGAACCAGAUAACAUCCACUGAGAUGGGGUCCAGACUGUUGACACAUGUCCAUGUCAUACAUCCAGUAAAACAAAUGGAUCUACACAGUAGUAACAAUAGUGUUUGAUACAUAUCGUCAACACUGUUCCAAGAAUAAACACAGAUACAUUGUGCAUGUUUUUGAUUAAUAGUCAUUUUUUUCAUGUAAAAUGUUAUUAACAAUGUUGAUCUAUUCGUCACAUGUAAUUGAUGUUUUUAUAUAUGAUAUGUUAGAACUCAUGUGAAAUAAUAAAAAUACAACAUCAUACUCACAAACAGAGAAGGAAAGCU